GUCUCUCAUUUCUCUCUGUCUCUCUCUCUCUCUCUCAUGUUACAUGGACAAGACUCUAGAGACUCCAGUGUAUAGACUCUGCUUCAGACCAUAGACCCCUAGAGAGAGAAACAUAGACUAAGCAAUUGUUGUUUUUAUGUCUCAAGAAAAAAAAAAAAGUCUAGAGAGAUCUUCUUCUAUUACGUCUACUGUACCUUCCACCAUAUAAUUAGGUGCAAUACUGAUUUUCAACAAAUUUUAGAGAGACCCCAUCUCAAAGAUUCAAGAAAAUAAAACCCAUCUUUGCUGAUAAAAAAAUGGAGGACAAUGGUAUGAUUCAUGGAAAUCUUGAUCCUAGAGCUCAAGAAUUUACACCAAGAUAUCCAUUUAAUCAACCCCAUAACAACAAUUCUUUACCUUUACUCGCUAAUAAUCAAUUUUACUACCCUUACUCAUGUGCACCACCACCUUUACCGCCACCGUUACCACCGUACGGUGAUGUUUCAUCGUACCAUGUUCCACCGGCGUAUGUUAGCACAAACCCACCUGUCCGUACGCCUGUUUUGCCACCACCAAGUUCAAUGUCUACAAGAACUUUGUUAUUAAGUAUGGUACCUAAUGAUGUGAGUGAAUCUAUUAUUAGAAGAGAUUUAGAGGUAUUUGGUGAUGUUAGAGCAGUACAAAUGACAAGGGUUAGAGAAGGGAUUGUAACGGUUCAUUUCUAUGAUUUAAGACACGCGCAAACAGCGUUAACGGAGAUUCAAGAACAACACAUGCAACAACAAAUGCGUUUAAGGAUGCAUUAUUAUGAGUGUGUUAAUUUGGGGCAAAAUUCUGUUGUUUUUACACCACUCCCACCACCGGCGCGUGGACUUAUUAAUGGAAGAGCUGUUUGGGCUCAGUUUACUUUUCCAGUUACUUCUGGUCUUCCUGAUGGCAAUAAUCAAGGGACACUUGUGAUUUUCAAUUUGGACCCUCAAACUUCUACUGGUUCACUUAGAGAUAUUUUUCAAGCUUUUGGGCCUGUGAAGGAAUUGAGGGAGACACCAAUGAAGAGGCAUCAAAGGUUUGUGGAGUUUUAUGAUGUUAGAGAUGCAGCAAGGGCACUAAUGGAGAUGAAUGGCAAUGAUUUAAAUGGGAAGCAAUUGUUGAUUGAAUUCAGUAGGCCAGGUGGAAAUAACAGCAGAAGAUUCUCAAGAGGUUCUCAUCAAUAUUCACCACCUAACAAAUUCAAUGGUCAUUUUAACAACAACAAUUACUCUUCAAGAAUAUCCAGAUAUAACAAUUUGUCACCAACUAAUUCUCCUCCAAUUACUCCACCCUCACAUUCCUAUAGAAAACCUCAAAGGGUGUACAACAAUACCUCAAAAUCCCAUCAAUUUCAAAAUCAGAAAUCAAAUUACUUUAAAGGAAACCCUAGUGGUGGAUAUAGUGGAAGUGAAAGUUCAGGUGGUGGGUCAUCAGUUCAAGAAUCAUUGGCUUCUUUGUGUGUGUCAUCAAAUGUUAGGCCUGGGAAGAAAAAUCAUGCCAAAAAGUGUAACAAUAUUAGUGCAAGUAGUAGCAGUUCUCCUCCUUCAAAGCAACCACAUCAAAUGUUUCAACAAGGUAAGAGCAGUACUAAUAGGCCAUGGAAGAGUUGCACAUCAAAGCAGGUAAAAGGGUAUGAUCCUCGUUUUCUAAUUAACGAAGAUGGGAUUAUGGAAUCAAAUUGCUUAGAUUCCAGAACUACUGUCAUGAUCAAGAACAUACCCAACAAGUACAGUCAGAAGCUGCUGCUGAACAUGCUGGACAACCACUGCAUUCACUGUAACGAGCAGAUUGCCGACGGCGAUGAUCAGCCAAAUUCCUCUUAUGAUUUUGUUUAUCUUCCCAUCGAUUUCAUUAACAAGUGCAACGUGGGAUAUGGAUUCGUGAACAUGACUUCACCAGAGGCAACUUUGAGACUCUACAAGGCUUUUCAUCUUCAAAAUUGGGAGGUCUUCAACUCCAGAAAAAUUUGCCAAGUUACUUAUGCUAGAUUACAAGGAAUAGAGGCAUUGAAAGAGCAUUUCAAGAACUCAAAAUUCCCAUGUGAAGCUGAGGAAUACAUGCCAGUGAUAUUCGCACCACCUCGAGAUGGCAAGUUACUAACUGAGCCUAAUCCUAUCGUGGGACGUGGCAUUAACUCUCCAUUACUCCUCUCAGCCGUCACUUCCUCUAAAGGAGAAGAAGAUCAAGAAGAAGAGUCAUCUGAUCUUGUGGAAGUGGAUAUACUUGUAGAUAAUGAAAAUGGCUACUUUAUCAAUACAGGUAAUGAUGACCAUGAAACAAGAAAUAUAAACGGCGGCGUUGGUGUUGGUGAAAAUUACGAUGUUGGCAAUGAUUCAACAUUUUCUUCUUCCGUCUGCAUGUUGGCUGAUUAAAAUUGAAGUCUUAGCCAAAAGAUUUGCUUCUGAUCUUCUAUUUACAGAACCCUGUGGAAGAAAAAAGAAAGUGGACAUUAAAUCGACCAUUCUCCAUUGCUGAAAACUGGCAGAAAAGAAAGAGAAGUAAAGAAACAGCACAGCUUGGUUGCACCCAAUAGGUUUGCGUGUAAAUCUCUUUUAUCUGCCUUGGGGAAAGAUCCCUUCCUUUCAGUCACACUCCAACAUACCUGUGUAGUUCUAGCUUUUAGCUAUUUGGUAAUUUCUUUUUACUAUUGUUGCUCUUUUCUCUUUUGGAACGUUUUGUCUUUUAUCUUGUUUAAAAUAUUAUAAAACUAGUAAAAAUUUCAAUCUU